AUGACACUGUACGCUUAUUGUAAAAUCCGUUUCUUACCUCGUUUUGCUCUGGGAGAACCUUUCGUGCCAGCGCCACACACUCCCAACCACAUUUUCUUGGCCGUCGCCUCUCCCUCUUAUCCCGUAGUCGCCCCUCCCUCCUACCCCGCCAUCGCCAUUCCCUCCCAUCCCGCCGCCACCUCUCACCCCGUCGUCGCCUCUCACUCCCCGCCAUCGCCACUCCCUCCCAUCCCGCCAUCUCCACUACCUCCCAUCCCGCUGCCGCCUCUUCUCCCAUCCCGCCGCCGCCUCUCCCUUCUCCCCGCCGUCGCCUCUCCUUCCCUCCCCGCCGUCGCAUCUCCUUCCCUCCCCCCCGUCGACUCUCCUUCCCUCCCCGCCAUCGCCUCUCCUUCCCUCCCCCCCGUCGACUCUCCUUCCCUCCCCGCCGUCGCCUCUCCUUCCCUCCCCGCCGUCGCCUCUCCUUCCCUCCCCACCGUCGCCUCUCCUUCCCCCCCCCCCGUCGCCUCUCCUUCCCUCCCCGCCGUCGCCUCUCCUUCCCUCCCCGCCGUCGCCUCUCCUUCCCUCCCCGCCGACGCCUCUCCUUCCCUCCCCGCCGUCGCCUCUCCUUCCCUCCCCGCCGUCGCGUCCGGCGACAACGGGAAUUAA